AUGUCCCUCGACAGCUACUUCACCGCCCUCUCCUCCGCCCAGUCCGGCGCCCAGUUCACCUCCGAGGUGCAGUCCGCCGCCGCCGGCAUCAACGCCGACCUGCUCAAGGUCGCCGUCGAGAUCGUCCUGGCCGGCGACGACUCCGCUUCCGUUGAGGGCGAGCAGGCCACGGCCCUGAAGGCCGGAUUCGAGUUCGCUACCAAGGUCGUUAAGAUGUUGGAGAAGGAGCCGGGUCAGCAGGAGAUGUUGACGCUCUACAAGUACUUCAAGCAGGCCCGUGGCGAGAAGCCCGCUGAGCCCUCGUUUUACCAGAUCGAGUCCAAGUACAAGUACAACGCGUGGAAGGAAAUCAGCCACAUCUCCGCCGCCAAGGCCCAGGCCUCGUACAUCAAGGAGGUUGCGGCCCUGAUCGAGAAGAUCGGCACUCGCUCUGCUUAG